AUGAGCAACCAUCACAAAAUCAUAGUGGUCACUGGAGCGUCUGGCUUCAUCGGCGGCCACAUCGUGCGGCUCCUUCUGGACCGCGGCUACCGCGUGCGCGGUGUGGUGCGCGACCUAAGCCACACCAACGCCGCCAAGCUGGCCUUCCUUCGCGGCCUCCCGCGCACCAACACACCCGACGGACACGACCCGCUCGAACUCGUCGCAGCCGACCUGCAGGCCGGCCAGUACGCCCAGCUUCUCCAAGGCGCUCAUGCUCUGAUCCACACGGCCACGCCUUUCGUCUACGCGGCGGCCGACCCGCAGAAGGAGAUCGUCGAUCCGGCGGUCAACGGCACAGUCGACGCCAUCCAGGGCGCGCUGGCCGCCGGCGUGCGCCGCGUCGUGGUCACGUCGAGCGGUGGCUCCGUGUUCAGCUUCCCACCGCCCAGCCCGGGCUAUGUCUACACCGAGAAGGACUGGAACACGUGGUCGACGCUCACCAACAACCCCUACUUCCUGUCCAAGCGGCUGGCCGAGCAGGCGGCGUGGCGGCUGUGGGACCAGCACAGGGACCGGCUCGACCUGGUGGUGGUCAACCCGAGCUUCGUCGUGGGUCCGCCCCAGUCGGCCAGCCUCAACGCAAGCCUGGAGACCGUGGUGAACUAUCUCCUGGGCCGAGCGAAGAAAGCCACGCCCGGUCGGCUGCCGUUCGUGGAUGUGCGCGACGUGGCGUUGGCACACGUCAUCGCCAUGGAACAAGAUGCUGCCAUCGGCCACAGAGUGUUUUGCGCGAGUGAGACGAGGCCGUGGAGGGACCUUGCGAUCAAGCUGAAGGAGCUCUUCCCAGAGUAUCCUAACGUGGAGGACUUGGAUGUGGACACUGGCAUCGAGACCCAGAUGGACACCUCUCUCCUUCAGGGUCUGGGCCUGUCCGAGUUCAUUUCUUUCGACGAAAUGUUGAAGGACACGGUGGAGCAGAUGAUCAAGUUGGGUGUGGUGGAGAAUUUGAAGCAAACAAAUGAAUGA